AUGGCAUUUGUUUCGACCCAGGGGCCCACGGUGGUCGACCAGACCACCUUAAUGAAAAAGUAUCUCCAGUUUGUGGCGGCUCUCACUGACGCUAACACACCCGAUGAAACGAAGCUGAAGAUGAUGCAAGAAGUCAGUGAAAACUUUGAGAAUGUGACCUCAUCUCCUCAAUAUUCCACAUUCCUGGAACACAUCAUCCCUCGCUUCCUGACGUUUCUCCAAGAUGGGGACGUCCAGUUCCUGCAGGAGAAACCUGCCCAGCAACUGAGAAAAUUAGUUUUGGAGAUAAUCCAUAGAAUACCAACCAAUGAACAUCUACGCCCACACACCAAAAAUAUCUUAUCUGUGAUGUUUAGAUUCCUAGAGACUGAAAAUGAAGAAAAUGUACUUAUUUGCUUGAGAAUAAUUAUUGAGCUUCACAAACAGUUCCGGCCGCCCAUCACACAAGAGAUUCAUCACUUCUUGGAUUUCGUGAAACAGAUAUACAAGGAGCUACCCAAAGUAGUGAAUCGGUACUUUGAGAAUCCUCAAGUUGUUCCUGAGAACACCAUUCCCACUCCAGACAUGGUGGGCUUGAUCACGACGAUUGUAGUGAAAGUAAAUCCGGAGAGAGACGACAGUGAAACCAGAUCGCACGCGGUCAUUCCUCGUGGCUCCCUUUCCUUGAAAGUUUUAGCAGAACUUCCCAUAAUCGUUGUCCUCAUGUACCAGCUCUAUAAACUGAAUAUUCACAACGUGGUUGCCGAAUUUGUGCCCUUGAUCAUGAAUACUAUAAUUAUUCAGGUGUCCAACCAAGCCAGGCAGAAUAAAAGCUACAAUAAGGAAUUGUACGCCGACUUCAUUGCCGCCCAGAUCAAAACAUUGUCAUUCCUGGCUUAUAUCAUCAGGAUUUAUCAGGAGCUGGUGGCCAAGUACUCUCAGCAAAUGGUCAAAGGAAUGUUGCAGCUGCUGUCCAACUGUCCAGCAGAAACGGCUCACCUGAGGAAGGAACUGCUCAUCGCGGCCAAACAUAUCCUCACCACAGACCUGAGGAGCCAGUUUAUCCCGUGCAUGGACAAAUUGUUUGACGAGUCCAUACUCAUAGGUUCCGGCUACACGGCACGUGAAACUCUCAGGCCCCUGGCGUACAGCACUCUGGCUGAUCUGGUUCACCACGUCCGCCAGCAUUUACCUCUCAACGAUCUCUCCCUGGCUGUCCAGCUCUUUGCCAAGAACAUAGACGAUGAGUCGUUACCCAGCAGCAUCCAGACUAUGUCAUGCAAACUUUUGCUCAACCUGGUGGAUUGUAUUCGCUCCAAGAGCGAGCAGGAGAACGGAAACGGCAGGGAUAUUCUCAUGAGGAUGUUGGAGGUUUUUGUCUUGAAAUUUCACACCAUCGCCCGCUACCAGCUUUCCAUCAUCUUUAAAAAGUGCAAGCCACAGUCAGAGCUGGGGGCAGGAGAAGCCGCUUUAACCGGGGCGCCGGCAGGGGGAAACGCACUUCCGGUCACGGUUCCUUCCCCUGCGCCCACCACCACCCCGGUGGUCCCGGCCUCAGGGCCCGUCUUUGAGAAGCAAGGGGAGAAGGAGAAGGAGGACAAGCAGACGUUUCAAGUCACGGAUUGUCGGAGUUUGGUGAAGACCUUAGUCUGCGGGGUCAAGACGAUCACCUGGGGCAUCACGUCUUGCAAAGCUCCUGGCGAAGCCCAGUUCAUUCCCAAUAAGCAGCUUCAACCGAAAGAGACCCAGAUUUAUAUAAAAUUGGUCAAAUACGCCAUGCAGGCUUUGGAUAUUUAUCAGGUCCAAAUAGCUGGGAACGGGCAGACGUACAUUCGGGUGGCCAACUGCCAAACGGUCCGAAUGAAGGAGGAGAAAGAGGUCCUGGAACACUUUGCUGGGGUCUUCACCAUGAUGAACCCUCUGACUUUCAAAGAAAUCUUCCAGACGUCUGUCCCUUACAUGGUGGAAAGGAUCUCCAAGAACUAUGCCCUCCAGAUUGUUGCCAAUUCUUUCUUGGCCAACCCUACGACCUCCGCUUUAUUUGCCACCAUCCUGGUAGAGUACCUGCUUGACCGUUUGCCUGAAAUGGGUUCCAACGUGGAGCUGUCCAACCUGUAUCUCAAACUCUUCAAGUUGGUCUUCGGUUCGGUUUCGCUCUUCGCGGCGGAAAACGAGCAGAUGUUGAAGCCCCACCUCCAUAAAAUAGUCAACAGCUCCAUGGAGCUCGCGCAGACGGCGAAAGAACCCUACAAUUACUUCCUGCUGCUGAGAGCCCUUUUCCGGUCGAUCGGCGGAGGCAGCCAUGACCUCCUGUAUCAGGAAUUCUUGCCCUUGCUGCCUAACCUACUACAAGGUCUCAACAUGCUCCAGAGCGGUUUGCACAAGCAGCACAUGAAAGAUUUGUUUGUCGAGCUGUGCCUGACCGUCCCGGUGCGCCUCAGCUCCCUCCUCCCCUACCUGCCGAUGCUGAUGGACCCUUUGGUGUCAGCCUUAAACGGCUCUCAGACCCUGGUCAGCCAAGGCCUGCGCACUCUGGAGCUCUGCGUGGAUAAUCUGCAGCCAGACUUCCUCUACGAUCACAUCCAACCUGUCCGAGCUGAACUCAUGCAGGCUCUGUGGCGGACUCUGCGCAACCCUGCGGAGACCAUUUCUCACGUGGCUUAUCGGGUGCUGGGCAAAUUCGGCGGGAGCAACAGGAAAAUGCUGAAGGAGUCUCAGAAGUUGCACUACGUGGUGACCGAGAUCCAAGGGCCUAGCAUCACGGCGGAGUUCUCUGACUGCAAAGCGUCCAUUCAGCUCCCCAUGGAGAAGGCCAUUGAGACUGCCCUGGACUGUUUGAAGAGCGCCAACACCGAGCCUUACUAUCGGAGGCAAGCCUGGGAGGUCAUCAAGUGCUUCCUGGUGGCCAUGAUGAGCCUAGAUGACAACAAGCAUGCUUUGUACCAGCUUCUGGCACAUCCCAACUUUACCGAGAAGUCCAUUCCCAACGUGAUUAUUUCGCACCGGUACAAGGCUCAGGACACACCUGCUCGGAAGACCUUUGAACAGGCCCUGACCGGGGCCUUCAUGUCCGCGGUGAUCAAGGACCUGCGACCCAGCGCUCUGCCUUUCGUGGCCAGCCUGAUCCGCCAUUACACCAUGGUGGCAGUGGCUCAGCAAUGCGGCCCUUUCUUACUCCAGUGUUACCAGGUGGGAAGUCAGCCCAGCACCUCCAUGUUUCACAGCGAAGAAAACGGAUCCAGAGGCAUGGAUCCCUUGGUGCUGAUCGACGCCAUCGCCAUCUGCAUGGCUUACGAGGAGAAGGAGCUCUGCAAAAUCGGCGAGGUGGCCUUGGCGGUGAUCUUCGACGUGGCCAGCAUCAUUCUGGGAUCCAAGGAACGGGCCUGCCAGCUGCCCUUGUUCUCCUACAUCGUGGAACGCCUCUGUGCUUGUUGCUACGAGCAAGCUUGGUACGCCAAGCUCGGCGGGGUGGUGUCCAUCAAGUUCCUGAUGGAGCGGCUCCCUCUUAUUUGGGUCCUCCAGAACCAGCAGACAUUCCUCAAGGCUUUGCUCUUCGUCAUGAUGGACCUGACGGGAGAGGUCUCCAACGGGGCCGUGGCAAUGGCCAAGACCACUUUGGAGCAGCUCUUAAUCCGAUGCGCGACCUUGUUGAAAGAAGAGGAGAAGACGGACGAAAUCCUCACCGCCCAGGAGAAGUCCUUCCACCACGUGACCCACGACCUGGUACGAGAAGUGACCUCGCCGAACUCCACCGUGAGGAAGCAGGCUAUGCACUCCCUCCAGGUGGUGGCCCAGGUCACGGGGAAGAGCGUCACGGCCAUCAUGGAGCCCCACAAAGAGGUACUCCAGGAUAUGGUUCCUCCCAAAAAGCAUUUGCUCCGACAUCAGCCGGCAAACGCCCAGAUCGGUUUGAUGGAAGGGAACACGUUUUGCACCACUCUGCAACCCCGGCUUUUCACCAUGGACCUCAACGUGGUAGAGCACAAAGUAUUUUAUACAGAGCUGCUGAAUCUGUGUGAGGCUGAAGACUGUGCCUUAAUGAAAUUGCCCUGUUAUAAGAGUCUGCCAUCUUUGGUGCCCCUUCGGAUUGCAGCGCUGAACGCCUUGGCUGCCUGCAACUACUUGCCCCAGUCUCGAGAGAAGAUCAUCGGCGCUCUCUUCAAAGCCCUCAAUUCGACCAACAAUGAGCUUCAGGAAGCUGGCGAGGCCUGCAUGAGGAAGUUUUUGGAAGGCGCAACCAUCGAAGUGGACCAGAUUCACACCCACAUGAGACCGCUGCUGAUGAUGCUGGGAGACUAUCGGAGCCUCACCCUCAACGUGGUGAACAGGCUGACGUCGGUGACGAGGCUCUUCCCCAACUCCUUUAACGACAAAUUUUGUGACCAGAUGAUGCAACACUUGCGUAAAUGGAUGGAGGUGGUGGUCCUCACCCAUAAGGGAGGACAGAGGAGCGAUGGAAACGAAAUGAAGAUUUGCUCAGCCAUUAUAAACCUGUUUCAUCUGAUCCCAGCUGCUCCACAGACGCUGGUCAAACCUCUGCUGGAAGUGGUGAUGAAAACAGAACGGGCCAUGUUGAUUGAGGUAAAGAACCCCUUCCUUCCUUCCUUCCUUCUUUUCUUCUCUCCUCACCAAGCAGUUUUUAUUUAUUUUUUUCUCCAUUUCUCCCCCCAAAAUAAACCUCCACAGAGUUUUUUAAAACACAAAGACGCCAAGCCUUUACGGGAUGUCCUGGCAGCAAACCCCAACCGUUUCAUCACGUUGCUCUUACCUGGCGGGACCCAGACAGCGGUUCGGCCCGGUUCCCCCAGUGCCAGCACCAUGCGGCUGGACCUCCAGUUUCAAGCGAUUAAGAUCAUCAGUAUCAUCGUUAAGAAUGAUGAAUGCUGGCUGGCAAACCAGCAUUCCUUGGUGAGCCAGCUGAGGCGAGCCUGGGUCAGCGACGCUUUCCAAGAGAGGCACCGGAAGGAGAACAUGGCGGCUACCAACUGGAAGGAGCCCAAACUUCUGGCCUACUGCUUGUUGAAUUAUUGCAAGAGAAAUUACAACGACAUCGAGCUGCUGUUCCAGCUUCUCCGUGCCUUCACGGGCCGUUUCCUCUGCAACCUGACCUUCUUGAAGGAGUACAUGGAGGAGGACAUCCCCAAAAACUACACCAUUGCCCAAAAGCGGGCGCUGUUUUUCCGCUUCGUCGACUUCAGCGACCUCAAUUUCGGCGAUGAGCUGAAGGCCAAGGUUCUGCAGUACAUUCUGAAUCCUGCUUUCCUGUACAGCUUUGAAAAGGGGGAAGGGGAGCAACUUCUGGGCCCCCCCAAUCCUGAAGGCGAUAAUCCUGAGAGUAUCACCAGCGUGUUCAUAACAAAGGUUCUGGACCCAGAAAAGCAAGCCGAUAUGCUGGAUUCGCUCAGGAUUUACCUCCUCCAGUUCGCCACCUUGCUGGUCGAACACGCCCCGCACCACAUUCACGACAACAACAAGAACCGGAACAGCAAACUCCGCCGCCUGAUGACCUUCGCUUGGCCCUGCUUGCUCUCCAAAGCCUGCGUGGACCCGGCCUGCAAAUACAGCGGGCACCUGCUCCUCGCUCACAUCAUUGCCAAGUUCGCCAUUCACAAAAAGAUUGUCUUACAGGUGUUCCACAGUCUCUUGAAGGCCCACGCCAUGGAGGCUCGGAUCAUUGUCAGACAAGCCAUGGCUAUCUUGACCCCUGCGGUACCCGCUCGCAUGGAGGAUGGCCACCAGAUGUUGACUCACUGGACCAGGAAGAUCAUCGUGGAAGAAGGCCACACCGUGCCUCAGCUGGUCCAUAUCCUGCACUUAAUCGUUCAGCACUUCAAGGUUUACUACCCGGUGAGACACCACUUAGUGCAGCACAUGGUGAGUGCCAUGCAGAGGUUGGGCUUCACCCCCAGCGUGACCAUCGAGCAGAGGAAGCUGGCUGUGGACCUGGCCGAAGUGAUCAUCAAGUGGGAACUGCAGCGCAUCAAAGAUCAGCAGCCGGAUUCAGACAUGGACCCGGGUGCCAGUGGCGAGGGCAUGAGUACCGCUUCAUCUGGGGUGAAAAGAGGACUGUCGGUGGAUUCCGGCCAGGAAGUGAAGCGGUUCCGAACGGCGACCGGGGCCAUCAGUGCAGUGUUCGGAAGGAGCCAGUCGCUGUCUGGAGCCGACGCUCUUUUCUCCAAGUCUAUUGAUAAGCAACAUACCGACACGGUGAUCAAUUUCCUGAUUAGAAUUGCCUGCCAGGUAAAUGACAACUCAAACACCGCCGGCUCUCCAGGAGAAGUGCUCUCCCGGCGCUGCGUUAACCUUCUGAAGACGGCUUCCCGACCGGACAUGUGGCCAAAGUCGGAGCUGAAACUGCAGUGGUUUGAUAAGCUUCUAAUGACCGUGGAACAGCCCAACCAAGCCAACUUUGCCAAUAUCUGCACCGGGUUGGAAGUUCUCAGCUUUCUGCUCACCGUACUCCAGUCUUCGGUGAUCUUGAGUAGCUUCAAGCCGCUUCAGCGAGGAAUCGCUUCCUGCAUGACGUGCGGGAACACCAAAGUUCUGCGAGCCGUCCACACGCUCCUUUCCCGCUUGAUGAACAACUUCCCCACGGAGCCGAGUACUUCAAGCGUGGCCUCCAAAUACGAAGAGCUGGAGUGUCUUUAUGCUGCUGUUGGGAAGGUUAUUUAUGAAGGACUGACCAACUAUGAAAAAGCAGCCAGCGCGAACCCUUCUCAGCUUUUCGGUACUUUAAUGAUCCUGAAGUCUGCCUGCAGCAACAAUCCCAGCUAUAUCGACAGGUUGAUUUCAGUCUUCAUGAGAUCCCUCCAGAAGAUGGUGAGAGAGCAUUUGAACCAGCAGGCUCAAGCAGGAACAGUGGAAGCCAACACAGCUGGUACCAGCGAGUUGGUGAUGCUGAGUUUGGACUUGGUGAAGACCCGCCUGGCUAUGAUGAGCAUGGAGAUGAGGAAGAACUUCAUUCAGGGCAUCCUGACCUCGCUGAUUGAAAAAUCGAGCGACGCCAAAAUCCUGCGGGCCGUGGUCAAAAUUGUGGAAGAGUGGGUCAAAAACAGCUCCUCCAUGGCGGCGAACCAGAUUCCGACGCUGCGCGAGAAGUCCAUUCUGCUGGUGAAAAUGAUGACCUACAUUGAAAAGCGUUUUCCAGAGGACCUUGAGUUAAACGCUCAGUUCUUAGACCUUGUUAACUACGUCUAUAGAGAUGAAAAUCUUUCAGGGAGUGAACUGACCGCUAAACUCGAGCCGGCCUUCCUGUCUGGCCUCCGAUGCACCCAGCCUCUCAUCAGGGCCAAGUUUUUUGAGGUCUUUGACAAUUCCAUGAAACGGCGGGUCUACGAGAGGCUGCUGUACGUCACCUGUUCCCAAAACUGGGAAGCCAUGGGGAACCACUUCUGGAUCAAGCAGUGCAUCGAGCUCCUGCUGGCGGUUUGUGAAAGGAACACAACCAUCGGGACCAGCUGUCAAGGGGCCACGCUUCCCUCCAUCACAAACGUGAUCAAUCUGGCGGAUAGCCACGACCGGGCGGCGUUUGCCAUGGUCACCCACGUCAAGCAAGAACCUCGUGAACGAGAAAACAGUGAAUCCAAAGAAGAGGAUGUCGAGAUAGACAUUGAGCUGGCUCCCGGAGAUCAGACGAGCACCCCAAAAACCAAAGAACUGUCCGAAAAGGACAUUGGGAACCAGUUGCACAUGUUAACCAACCGGCACGACAAAUUCCUGGACUCUCUGCGCGAGGUGAAGACGGGAGCCCUGCUAAGUGCCUUCGUUCAGCUUUGUCACAUUUCCACCCCUUUGGCUGAAAAAACUUGGAUCCAGCUGUUUUCCAGAUUGUGGAAAAUCCUUUCAGACAGACAGCAACAUGCUCUGGCGGGAGAAAUUAGCCCAUUCCUGUGCAGCGGCAGCCACCAGGUGCAGCGCGACUGCCAGCCGAGCGCCUUGAACUGCUUCGUGGAAGCCAUGUCCCAGUGCGUGCCCCCCAUCCCCAUCAGGCCCUGCGUGCUGAAGUACCUGGGCAAGACCCACAACCUCUGGUUCCGCUCCACCCUGAUGCUGGAGCACCAGGCCUUCGAGAAGGGGCUCAGCCUGCAGAUCAAACCGAAACAGACCACGGAGUUCUACGAGCAGGAGAGCAUCACUCUGCCCCAACAGGAAAUCCUUGACUCGCUGGCAGAAUUGUAUUGCCUGCUGCAAGAAGAGGACAUGUGGGCUGGACUGUGGCAGAAACGGUGCAAAUUUCCCGAGACGGCCACCGCCAUUGCUUACGAGCAGCACGGUUUCUUCGAGCAGGCUCAGGAAACCUACGAAAAAGCGAUGGAGAAAGCGAAGAAGGAACACGAAAGGAACAACGCCUCUCCAGCUAUUUUCCCCGAAUAUCAGCUCUGGGAAGACCAUUGGAUUCGGUGUUCCAAGGAACUGAAUCAGUGGGAAGCUCUCACGGAAUACGGCCAGUCCAAGGGUCACAUCAACCCGUACCUGGUGCUGGAGUGUGCCUGGCGUGUUUCCAACUGGACAGCCAUGAAGGAAGCCCUCGUACAGGUGGAGCUCAGUUGCCCCAAAGAGAUGGCAUGGAAAGUCAACAUGUAUCGGGGAUAUUUGGCCAUUUGCCACCCUGACGAGCAGCAGCUGAAUUUCAUCGAGCGCCUGGUGGAAAUGGCCAGCGGGUUGGCCAUCCGAGAAUGGCGAAGACUUCCACAGGUGGUUUCUCAUGUCCACACCCCACUUCUUCAGGCUGCCCAGCAGAUCAUUGAACUCCAAGAGGCUGCCCAAAUCAACGCAGGGUUGCAACCGGCCAACCUCGGGCGGAACAACAGCCUCCACGACAUGAAAACCGUGGUGAAGACCUGGAGGAACCGGCUGCCCAUCGUGUCAGACGACCUGUCUCACUGGAGCAGCAUCUUCAUGUGGCGGCAGCAUCAUUAUCAAGCCAUUGUAAGCGCCUACGAGAACAGCGCUCAACAUGACCCAAGUUCGAACAACGCCAUGUUGGGCGUUCACGCCUCGGCCUCUGCCAUUAUCCAGUACGGCAAGAUUGCUCGGAAACAGGGCCUGGUCAACGUGGCCUUGGACAUCCUGAGCCGCAUUCACACCAUACCGACGGUGCCCAUUGUGGAUUGCUUCCAGAAGAUUCGACAGCAAGUGAAAUGCUACCUCCAGCUCGCCGGGGUGAUGGGCAAAAAUGAAUGCAUGCAGGGCCUGGAGGUGAUCGAAUCCACAAACCUGAAGUAUUUCACCAAGGAAAUGACCGCUGAAUUCUAUGCAUUGAAGGGGAUGUUUUUAGCACAGAUUAACAA